AAAAUGCCCGAACCAGCAAAGUCUGCCCCUGCGCCCAAGAAGGGCUCCAAGAAAGCCGUCACCAAGACGCAGAAAAAAGGAGACAAGAAACGCAAGAAGAGCCGCAAGGAGAGCUACUCGAUCUACGUGUACAAGGUGCUGAAGCAGGUGCACCCCGAUACGGGCAUCUCAUCCAAGGCCAUGGGCAUCAUGAACUCCUUUGUCAACGACAUCUUCGAGCGCAUCGCCGGGGAGGCCUCCCGCCUGGCUCACUACAACAAGCGCUCCACCAUCACCUCGCGGGAGAUCCAGACGGCAGUGCGGCUGCUGCUGCCCGGCGAGCUGGCCAAGCACGCAGUCUCCGAGGGCACCAAGGCUGUCACCAAAUAUACAAGUUCUAAGUAGAGCAUCUCGGAUCGUUUGUUUAUAACCCAAAGGCUCUUUU